CCCCCAGACGCAUAUAAACAUUAUCGCUUACAGAAGAAACGGCCUCUCUUUGUCCUUCUCAAAACUGCAACAAUGCCUCAGAAGCCACUAAAGGCAGGCAAGAAAAUUGACAAGAAAAAGGAAGCGGCAAAUAGGCAUGGGAAGGGAGCAGUGACGAAGAAAGGCAGGUUUGAGAAGCCUCCCAAGAAGAGCAAGGCCCUUGAACUUUACAAGGAAGAGAAGGACCUAUCAAAGGCCAUCAAUAAGCGAAAUGAAAGCAACGCUGCUGGGCUGGCGGAGCAGAAAGGCGGCAAGCUGAAAAUGAUCAAAGGACCUCCUCCCGUCCUGGCCCCGAAAGACAAGCAGAAGAAGGCGGGUGCCAAGGCUGAGUUGGCGGACGCGUCCAUGGAGGAGUAGCGGUUGGCUGCAACUCCGGAGGUGUGGGAUUAACAUGAGAGAGGUCACAAAGAACGCGCGAGGGAGCUGUAGCCUUGUGAACAGCUAGGGUGCACAUGUGUUGGUAACCAGGGCUCCUGGGGCCCUAUGUUAGGCCAGGUUAUGGUUUUCGAAUGUUGGCGCAGAGACUGACAUGAAAGUGCAAGGCGGAAAGCCGAGGUAGGCAAAUAAUGAGGGGAAUUCACCUCAUUGCCUUGCUGUCUGGACUCGUCGACGGUCUGGACAGGCUAGGCAGGAGACCAGGCGCUUGGUAGACCAUUGGCAUCGAUGCACGUCUUAGGUUUCAAGUGUUUUCCAUACCCGCUGAGCUCCGACGUGCGCAUCCUGGUUGGCGCACGCUGGAGGUUGUGGCAGUUGAGUGUUACGGCAUGUUGGUAUGUCGAAACAGUGUUAACGUCUUUCUUGUUGUUUGGAUAUCUACUGUAUGUUGUGUUAUACUAGCGAUAUAGUACAGGUUGCUUUGAUUCGUCGUGUAGCACAUAUACUGACCAAGCUAAUUUGCCCGACGGCAAACACUUUACAAUUCCACAGAGUGUGAAGCUGCGAUAAGCGUACUCUAUGAUGAAUGUACAUAUUUAUAUGAGCGCGAUCGUGAACUGUAUUGAAGCAACAAUCGAUGGCUAAACUGAACCAGGGCCCCUGGUACCUGUAAAGGAAUGCGAAGGCAAACCCAGCUUGCAGACUUAAUAGCUGGAUCAGGGCUUGUCAGUGGUCUUGCGCGACGGACGUCAAGCCAGGAUGGUAGCAACACACCCGCACAGCCCGUGUUGUACCACUUCGGCACCGGGCCAGGCGCCAGCAAGGAUCAUCGUGAUAGACCUCCGCUCCCAGCCGGUCCCAGCGGCACCCCACCGGCACCCUCCAGCGCCUCUGCCGCUGGCCGCCCACCGGCCGCACCCGCAUGGCCCUCCCCGCGCGCAUCCCCAUCCAAAAGCACCCCUGCCAGCCAUGCGAACAGCGGCAACACUACCGGCAGCGCCGGCGGCAGCAGCAGCGGUGGCGGUGCGCUCUUCCACCGCACAAGCACCGAUACGCAGCUGGGAAGCGCCUCCUCCGCCCCCCUACCGCACCUGGCCCACCCCCGGUCCAACUCAGCCGGAUCUAUCGACAUGUACGACACGACGUCGAGUGUGCCGUACAACCCAGCUGCCGGGUGCCUGCCUGCUGUCGGACACCAUCUCGGAGGGAACCCCGCCGAGGCGACUGCAGCGGGGCAGCCCUCGCAGCAGCUCCCACAGCAGUUCCCGCUGCCGGCGGCGGGGUCGCAUGCUGCUGGGGGGUACUCGGAGGCGAUCAACAGCGUCGCCAGCACCCGCCACAGCGGCGGCGGUGCCGUACAAUGCAGCGGCGCGUCCGGAUCCGGUGCCGUACAACUACCGCAAUACCAUCCGCAUAUGGUGUCGUACCAAGGGGGGGCUUCCGCAGGGGUGUCUAUGUCGGGCUCGGAGCAACCAUGCUACGGAAGUAACCAUGCUAGCUUGAGCGGCGGUGCGGGCGGCAGCAGUAGCGGCGGCAGCUGCAGUGGCGGUGGUGGCGGUGGGGGUAGUGGUGGAGGCUCCUCAGCGAUUGACCGUGGCGGGUUUCCGCCGCAGGCACAGCCCCAACAUCAAUCCCUGCAUGCCGCACAUGCGACCCACGACCACGGCAGUCGUGACGGUAUGGGCGGCAGCAGCAGCUGUAGCCCCAGCAGCAACAACAGGAACCUGCCGGCUGGUAGCAGCCCCAGCCCCAGCAGCAGCAGCAGAAGGAAUUCGCUUAGCAGUGGGUCAGGCGUGAGGAGCGGUGUCGGAGGCGGCGGUGGUGGGUUCGUAAACAAACGCGUGCGCUCGCUCAACGCCUCCAGCGGGGCUCCGGCGGGACUGCACCGCAGCUCCUCUGAUAGCGCCGUACAAACACAUGGCGCCGCCACGGCCGCACUGGCGGUAGCUGCGGCCCAUGACGCCUGGGUAACAGCAGCAGCGCCCAUUGCAACGCCUCCAGCAGCAUACGUCACUGCGCCCGCACAGGAAGGCAGAGCGACCCAUGGGUCAGGCUCUGCAGUUAGCAGGGCCGGGAGUAUGCCGUCAACGUCAGGUUUGGGCGCUGCGGCGCUAGCGCCGGUUGCAGGGGCGGCUGAGAUGCUGGUGCUGGAGGAGGCGGAUGAGCAGGAGGGGCCCCUGGGGGGACUCGCAGCGCAGGCGGGAAGGGCGGCGCAGUCCCAUGCGACACCCAGCAUGGCAUCCACGGACUCGGAGCUGGGCUCAGGGGUGCAGCAGGGAGGGGCGCAUGGGCUCCCGGCUGGGGUUAGCGGGGAGGGCGAGGCGGACAGGGUAAGUGCAAGCCAGCUGCUCCCACGCGGGGCGGUAACGGGCGCUCCGCCGCCGCCAGCUGCAUGGCCGCCGAUGUCGUCAGCCCCUGGCACAGCAGCCACGGGGGUGGUAGGGACAGCGGCGGCGGCAGCUACGGGGGCUCACCCGAAUGCUGCUGGUGCUGCAUGCAGCCUGGCGGCGGGGCCGCCUGGCGAGGUGGCGGAGCUGCGGCGGCUGGUGUCGGAGCUGAGUGCGCAGGUGUCGCGACUGACGGCGCAGCUGUACGACAGCGAGGCGGCGGCGGCGCAGCUGCAGUCGCUGGCGGCGACGGCGGAGGCGGCGGGUCGCGAGGCGGCGGAGGCGGAGGCGGCGCGGAAGCACAUGAAGGCGCUCAAGUCUGCCGAGGCUGCUCGCGACAAGGCGGAGGUGUCCCGGCGGGCCGCUGAGAAGCGAGCUCGGGCGGCGGAGGAGGAGCUGGCGGGGCUGCGGGAGAAGCUGGAGGCCAAGACGAAGCAGGCCUCCGAUCUGGAGUCCAGCCUGGCUGGGGAGCAGGCGGCUCAGGAGCGGCAGCGCAGGGCCCACGAGGAGGCUCUGUCGGGGCUGGAGGCGCAGCACCGGGCGCAGAGCCGCAAGCUGAGCCAGGACCACGAGGCGGAGAAGAAGAGCAUGCAGGAGACGCUGUCCAAGAUGCGCGAGGACAUGGCCCGGCGCAACCAGACCAUCCUGGCGCUGCAGGCGGACCUGGAGGCGGCGCAGGAGGAGGGCGGGCGGCGGGAGCAGCAGCUGGCGGGGCUGAGGGACACGGUGGCGCAGCUGGAGGCCGAGCUGGAGCGGGUGCGAGGCAGUCGCAAGGCGGGUGGUGCGGAGGCGGAGGGAGAGCAGGGCGCGGAGGCGGAAGGCGUGCGGCGACUGGAAUCACGAGGCGAGGGGACCUCGACCGCCCCCACCGAAGCGCUCGCAGACGGCAGCAGCCUAGCCGCCAUGUCCUCCGCCUCCACCGCAGCAGCCUCUAACACCACCAGCACCACCACCACCACAAACAGCAGCGCUGCAAGCGGCGGCUCAACAGGCACUGCAGGUACCAGCGGCAGCGACAACCCCGGCGGACGUCGGAGCCCCGCCCCCUCGACUUCCUCGUCUACUGCCGCCGCCGGCGCUCCGCUGUUGGACGAGCAGACACGAGCCGUACGGAAGCUGCAGUCGGAGGUUGCUGGCAUCCGGGAGCAGCACGCGCAGCGGCUGGUGCAGCUGGAGGAGGUGGUGGCAGGCUGUGAGGCGUCCAUGAGGGAGGGGCUGCAGGGAAUGGAGCGCGUGUUUGGAGUGCUGGUGUCUCGUACGGCAGCGCUGCUAGCAGGCCGCCUGGGAGCCAACACAGCCGCGGGGAAAGCUGCCAAUGCACCCGCCUUCGUAACCGCCGCCGCUGACGCACCAACAGGCCAUAGCUCAGGCGAUCGCGGCGGCGACGGGAGCUCAUCACCCUGCCGCCAACGCCGCCGCGGCGCAUUCUUCCGCGGCGACGGCGGCUGCGACAACGGCUUCCUCCCAGCAACACCAAACCAGCCGCCAGGUUGCUUCCGCCGGCUCUGCUCCCGCCGCCGCCGCCCCCGUCAGUGCGGCCCGUGAGGCCCUCAUGGUGUCCACACGUGAGGUGCUGCUGGCGGGACGCAAGGAGCUGCUGCCGGCGGUGAUGACGGCGGAGGGCUGGGGCGACGGUACGGCAGCGGGCGGGCUAGACGCGGCAGCGGCGGCGGCGCAACUGCACGGCGGGCGGGCGGAGGCGGCGCUGGUGGCGGCGGAGAGCUCGCUGCGGCUGCGUGCGCAGGUGGUGGCGCUGCAGGCGGAGGUGGCGCGCAGCAGGGCGGCGGGCGGGGAGGUGGUGGAGCGGGGGCGGGAGCAGGCGGUCAAGCACGAGGUGCACGAGGUGACGCUGUCCGAGGUGCGUCGGGAGCUGGCGGCCGCUCGGCAGCAGGUGGGACACCUGCAGCGGGAGCUGGAGCGGGCGCGGGCGGGCAUCCUGGCGGCAGCGGACUCGCGUUCCCCGCCACUUGACGCCCCGGAGCGGGAGCGGCUGGAGGCGGCUGCCGCGGCGGCGCGGGAGGAGGCGGUGCGGCACCGGGCUGUUGCUGCGGCGGCCAGGAGGGACCUGGAGGCGCGGGAGCGGCAGGCGGAGGAGGCGGGGGUGCGGCAGGAGCGGCUGGAGGCGCAGCUGCGCGAGUCCCGUUCCGAGGCCCAGCGCCAGUCCGAGGGUGUGAAGCGGCUGCGGCUGCUGCUGGCUCAAGCCAAGCAGCUGCUGCGGGAACAGGGGGUGCCCUUCAUGGAAGACGACCCGGGGCUGGAGCUGCUGCUGGCGGCUGCACAGGGGGGAG